CUUUCAGAAUUAAGAAACAUUUUACACUUGCUCCAAAGCUUCAUUGUUUUUUCUCAGUGAACUCUAACCAAGAGAACAAGACACGAGCCUGACUCCCGAGAACACCGACAUCGAGUAAGCCUAGAGAUACGUAAACUAAACAAGCGCGAUGGACGGAGUGGUAGUGAAAGAAGAGAAGGAAACGGUGACGUGUGCUGGAGGUUUGUCUUCUUCUUCCUCGUCUUCAAGCUUCCAACCGCAGCCGAUGGAGGGGCUGCACGAGGUGGGUCCUCCUCCCUUUCUUACUAAGACUUAUGAAAUGGUGGAAGACCCUUCAACGGACUCGGUGGUUUCAUGGAGUAGAGCUCACAACAGCUUCAUUGUUUGGGACUCUCAUAAGUUCUCCACUACUCUGCUUCCUAAGUACUUCAAGCACAAUAACUUCUCCAGCUUCAUUCGCCAGCUUAACACUUAUGGAUUCAGAAAAGUUGAUCCUGAUCGAUGGGAAUUUGCAAAUGAAGGGUUUCUGAGGGGGCAGAAGCAUCUACUGAAAACCAUCAAAAGAAGACGACAUAUUUCACAAAGUAUGCAACAGCAAAGUGGAGGACCUUGUGUUGAAGUGGGAGAAUUUGGAUUAGAAGGUGAGCUAGAGAGAUUAAAAAGAGAUAGAGGUGUGCUAAUGGCAGAAAUCAUAAAGCUUAGGCAUCAACAACAGCAGUCAAGGGAACAAAUAGCUGCAAUGGAGGAUAGAUUACAAAGUACAGAAAGAAAACAACAGCAAAUAAUGACAUUCCUAGCUAAGGCUCUCAACAACCCAUCCUUUGUCCAGCAAUUGUCUAUGAAGGGUACGCAAAUGAGAGAAGUGAGAGGUGUUGAAAUCGGCCGCAAGCGGAGACUCAUGGCAAGCCCAAGUUUAGAAAAUUUGCAAGAUGAAGCUGCUUCAAUGGUGAUGGAUACUAGCCAAGCGCUGGAUUACACAAAUCAAGAAUUGGGAACCACAGAAACUGAGAUAGAUACACUCUUCUUAGCCACCUUUGAUGAUGAAUCGAGCAGUGAUGUCAGGGAUCCAAUAGGAGGUUCUACACAAGGAACUAGCAUGGACAACUGGGGUUCAGUGAAUGAGACCAUUUGGGAGGAGUUGCUGAAUGAUGAUGUAAUUGCUGGCAACCCCAAUGAAGAAAUUAUCCUAGAAGAUGAACUUGAAUUCGAUGUGAAAGUUGAAGAUUUGGUUGCAAAACCUGAUGACUGGGGUGAGGAAUUGCAAGGCCUUGUGGAUCGAAUGGGUUAUCUAAGGUCAAAGCCAUGAUUUAAAGGAUUUGCUGUUACAAAAUGGCUUUGAUAUUAUCUUGAGUUGGUCUCUGCAACGCCAUUCCUGUCGUUAUAAUGCAGGGAAUGGUGGAAGUUGCAGUGGGGCCAACAGAUGUUAUCGUUCUUCUGUAUCCUUAAUGAUAUUCUAGUUCUUUCUAGAUUUUCCAAGUAAAUUUGUUCUUCAGUGAUUGUUCUGAUUAUUCUGUGUGGCAUUUUGCAGGCAGGAAAGCUAAAGAAGAUCAGUAGGGGAAGGUUUCAAAUCCCAGGCUAGUAUGAAGGAGUGUCUUGGAAUCUGCCUGGUGUCUAUAGGGGUAGAUGUUUCUUUUGUUCAAAGUUUGCAAGUUUCUGUGCAUUCCAUUGCUGUAUAUAAGCUGUUAGAACAUAAAUUGAUUUACUAGUUGUCGGUCGAAUGAAGUGAUUAAUUACAAACUGACUAUUCUUUUUCUAUGUAAUUGUUAUUCAAAAGUACCCAUAUGGUACAUUUGAAGGGUCAAUUCUAAAAGUAUGAUAAUUAACAAGUUUUUUUU